GCGGCCGGGUCCCUGGAGAGUCAGAGGAAUUGGAUCCGAAGAGCCGGGCCAGGCGCGGCUUCUUUAGGCCGCCAUGCCUCAUUCUCGGCGGGUCAGCCACCUCCUGGACCUGGAGAAUCCUCUUCAAGCCGUAGGUCCUUCCAGAAGAGCAGACUGUUGAAGCAACUGUUGGGCACAGAAUUUCCCCAGAUCCCCAGGCUCAGGCUCCUGUCAAUCACUCUCUGAGGUGCCUCUGGUGCUUGGUGAAGAAUAUUUCCAGAUACGUCACAGACAUUAAGCUUUUGCCUCCCAAUAUCAAGGACAAGAUGAUCAAAAUAAUGAGUUUUCAAGGGCGAAUCACAGAUUCCAAUAUCAGCGAGAUUUUGCACCCCCAAGUGGAGUCUCUGGACCUGCGAAGCUGCGACGUUUCCGAUAUCGCGUUGUUGCAGCUCCGCAACUGCAGGAAACUGAAGAAGUUGAAUCUGAGCUCCUCCAGGGAGAGCCGCAGCGCCAUCACUUCGGAAGGGAUCAAAGCCGUGGCCUCGUCUUGCGCGUUCCUCUACGAAGCCUCCUUGAAAAGGUGCUGCAAUCUCACAGAUGACGGCGUCCUCGCUCUUGCCCUCAACUGUCCGCUGCUGAAGAUAGUGGACUUGGGCGGCUGCUCGCGUCUCACGGACGUGUCCUUGCGGGCCCUCGGGGAGCACUGCCCGUCCUUGCAGAGCGUGGACUUCUCCGGCACUCAGGUAACUGACCGUGGGGUGGUUUCACUUGUGAGUGGACUCUGCGCUAAGAGAUUAGAGGAGAUUCACAUGGGCCACUGUGUGAACCUGACCGAUGGUGCUGUGGAGGCUGUCCUGACUUGCUGCCCUCAGAUACACAUUUUGCUUUUUCACGAGUGCCCCCUCAUCACAGAUCAUUCCCGAGAAGUCUUGGAGCAGUUAGUGGGCCCGAACAAGAUCAAACAAGUGACGUGGACUGUGUACUGAGGCUUCCUCGACCCUCCAAUGACUCAGCCACUUUCCCUAGAAAGGACGGCCUGGGGAAGCUGGCUUUUCUUCAUGUGGGCCAUAUUGAUUUGUCUCUGUUUUUAGCCGACUCCGCAUGACUCGCUCUGUCUGUAGAUACCUUGUUUUGGCUUUCCUGGUAAAAGGAAGCCCUUCAAGAAUGCAAACACGCUCCCCAUCCUCUGUAUUUCCCCUUAGAGUCGCUAUUUAACAUGUUCUUCCUCGGCCUGGGCCAUUUUGUUUUUGUUUUUACAAUAAAACCCUGUCUGAAGGGCGCCUGCAUUUAAAGUGACCCCCUCUCCCUACAGCACGAGUGUUGGCUCUUCCUUCAGGCCGUCUUUCCUGAUUCCUGCACGCCAAACAACCCGUCGGGUCCUGAGCUCUGAGCGUUUUCUUCUGAACUGGUUCUUCGCCAUCUAGGAUGACGCCCCCAUUCUCGUCCGAGUGACUGGAUUUCCCGGCUUUCCGUGCCAUUCAGCAGAGUCGCACUGGGGCUCGGUUUCUCCAGCCGUCCGUGGGUUCCCUCCUCAGAGGGCUGCUGACCCUUUUAGAGAGGAUGAAGAUGCGUUUUUAGAAGGAGGAGCCAGAUGGGGCUCUGAGAGCCUCCAUGAGUUCAUGAUUCCCAAGGGAGACGGCUUUCCCCUGGUUGCAGAGGAUGGGGCAGAGAAGUACCAUAGGAACCACUCAGAAAAUGGAGGCGUUCUCAGACCCUGGGAGCCAAGGGCCUCUCUUCCUGCCCUUCCCACCUCCCAGCCCACUUGCCCCACGCCGGUGUUCUCUGUGCUGCCAUCUUGAGGCCCCGUUACCGUGGUUCCACGAGGGAGGCCCCCAGCGCGAGCUCACAGGGAAGGGGAGGUCAAGGCUGGGAAGGGCCUUUCCCCUGGCCCAGGAAUUUGUUUCUGGCCACCUGAGAAGGGGACCUUGUGAUGGAUAAAGAGCCUGCAGCCGUAAAUAGGCCGUGGCUUGUGGAAAUGGGCCGAUUCCAGAUCAUAGGACAGAAAUCUUAAGGCUCUUUAAGUGGAAGCCUCUCCAUUGGGGCGAUGCCCCCCAUGUUCUUCAGUUGUUCCGGAAGAGGAAGCUGUCCUCGACUACAGAUUCGCCCCCAGCUUUGAAAUGGGACUCUUCUAGGCAUCUUUCCCAAAGAAGAGGCUUCCUACAAUCCCCUUUUUUGGUCCUUUGUUCACUCAUUCUUUGUUAAACGCUUCCCUUCCGUCUUAGAGCCAUGCUGUGUCCUGGUCCGGGACUGCAGCGCCCUGUGGCCUCCCGCCCUUCUCCUUGACUUCUCCCCUGAACCCCCAGGCGGCAGAAACCAGCUGCUGAAGGCUGGGGAUGACGGCAGACCAUGGCCAGAAGGAUGGGCCGCCCUGGAGGUCUAAGCGGAGCACUGCGCCGUCCCCCAUCCCCCCUUCCCAAGACUUGGCCAGACUGCCAGGGAUCUGGCUUGCGCUUCUCCCAGCUCUGCGCCUUCUCACCAGUCUGCCAGGGAAGCGAACGACCGACCGGCGCGUCCUUUUGGGUGGAAGCUGGGGGGGGAGGAAGAAUUCCAUGGAGGGACCCUUCCUGGCAGUGCCACCCACAGCAGAAACGAGCUUGUGUUUUAAAAAGAUGCCAAGGGCGGGCGCUGGGUGACUCCGUGGAUGGAGAGCCAGGCCUGGAGACGGGAGGUCCUGGGUUCCAAUCCAGCCUCAGACCCUUCCUUGCUGGGUGGCCCUGGGCAAGUCACUUGACCCCCAUGGCCUAGCCCUGACCUCUGCUUUGCCUUGGAGCCCAUCCACAGUUCGGAUCCUAAGAUGGAAGGACUUAAAGAGGGCGGCCGCCACGUGCUGUGGCCACCGCAUGGCCUUCAGAGUGUUGUGGCCAGUCUCCUCGGGCCUGGACGGCAGCCCCUCCCCCUGGGUGCAUGCGCAGUUUGGUUUCCAGUGGCCGCCCCUUGUAUGGCGGAUGUGGGCCAGUGCCGAGGCUUCCCCCGCCAUUGCGCCUUGCAGACCCUGCGCGUUGACCGGAGAGACUUCACCUGCUCCAGCCUCGAGGCCAGCCUCCCUUCCCGGAGUCCCUCCCUGGGUGUGACCUGAUAUUCCUGAUGGAGCUUUGGGCCGGCUCUGCGCUGGGCGCCUGGGCGGGGCGGGGGAGGAGCUUCCUCUGGGCCGCCCAGAGAGAAGGCUAGGAAGGAAGAGGAUGGCUUGGGCGGGGCCAUGGCCCGCAUACAGCUUCCCCUCCCCCAGCCAGUGGCGGGGCCAGGAGGCCGGGGGUGGCCCUGCCCCCUCGGAGGCAUCUUCAGUGGCCUUUGGGACCCUUCUCCGGGGACGUCUUGGCGAGCCCAGGCAGGCCCCCACCUGCUUUGGCUCCCUGCGAAUGAGGGCUUCUUGGCGCCACAGCAGGAAGGCGGAGAAAAGAAGCCCCCAAAGGGGUCGGCAGGCCCUCAAGCACUAGGUGACACCCUGGUUAGCCCUCGGGACGUGGUGAGGAAGGCCUGAAUUCAAAUCCUGCCCUGGUCACUUACGCUGUGACUCCAAUAUAGGGAUGGGAAGAGCCCCGGGAAAGGGGGGAAAGCGCUCAUUGAUUACGUUAAACACGUUACUGGUAGGGCCGGCUAAGGACUUCCUAAAUAUCUCCUUCACCCCUACAAGGGCCCCAUCCAGCGGCCCAGGAAACAAGCAGGCAGGCCGGCUUGGAACUCGCGAAGGGCUUCCGGUAGAAGGUGGGACUUGAGCCGAGUCUUAAAGGAAGUAAGAAAUCGGCGGAUGAAAUACGGGCCAGGCACACCCUGGAGGCUCAGAGCCCGGGGAGGGAGACCCUGUGCAGCCGUCCGCAGAGCACUCUCCCCGGGAGGAGCCCCGGUCUGCAGGGUCUCAGCAGAGCCCGCCUAAAGCGGGCGAGGGUUUCUGUCGGGUCCUAGAGUGGAUGGGGAGGCUGGGGGCCGGGCCCGGCCAGCCUCACAGCACACAGGGACCGAGGCCGAACCCAAACCGAAGGCCACCGCAAGGGCCGGGGACGAGGGGUCAAGAAGUCCGAGUUCAGGGCAGAGGGAGUGGGGGGAUGGGCGAAUGGUCCCCUAUCAUUAAUGGGCUCAGGGGCCCUACUGCAGCCAAACCCAAACAGCGCUGCCGCUGCCGGGUCAGCUGCAAGGAGCGAUAACUUGGUCUCCUCCUGGCCUCUUUUGAUGCCUCCAAUUGCUUUUUCUUCUCUACUUGCUCCUGCUAGUGUUUCUAGUACAAUGUCAAAUAAUAGCAGUGAUAAUGGGCAUCCUUGUUUCCCUCCUGAUCUUAUUGGGAAUGCAUCUGGUUUAUCCCCAUUGCAGAUGAUAUUAGCUGUUGGUUUUAGAUAUAUACUGUUUAUUAUUUUUAGGAACGACCCUUCUAUUCCUAUGCUUUCCAGUGUUUUUAAUAGGAAUGGGUGUUGUAUUUUAUCAAAGGCUUUUUCUGCAUCGAUUGAGAUAGUCAUGUGGUUCUUGCUAGUUUGCUUGUUAAUGUGGUCAAUUAUGUGGAUGGUUUUCCUAAUAUUGAACCAGCCCUGCAUCCCUGGUAUGAAUCCUACUUGAUCAUGGUGGAUGACCCUCCUGAUCACUUGCUGGAGUCUUUUUGCUAGUAUCCUAUUAAGAUUUUUGCAUCUAUAUUCAUUAGGGAGAUUGGCCUAUAGUUUUCUUUCUCUGUUUUUGACCUGCCUGGUUUUGGAAUCAGUACCAUGUUUGUGUCGUAAAAGGAGUUUGGCAGAAUUCCCUCUUGGCUUAUUCUGUCAAAUAGUUUGUAUAGUAUUGGGGUUAGCUGUUCUCUGAGUGUUUGAUAGAAUUCACUGGUGAAUCCAUCAGGCCCUCGGGAUUUUUUCUUAGGGAGUUCUUUGAUGGCCUGUUGGAUUUCAUUUUCUGAUAUGGGGUUGUUUAGGUCAUUUAUUUCCUCCUGUGUUAGUCUAGGUGUGUGGGAUAAAAUUUGUACAUUAUUCCCCAAUAUACAUUGAUUAGCAUUAGUAAUCAUAGAUUGGCAGCUUCCUAUAGAAAAUAGUGAAGGGCCCUCCACUAGGGAACAUCAAUCUCUCCUUGUGAAGAGUAGAAGAAACUCCCUCCCCAAGCAGCUUUAUACAUAUAUAUUAAUACAGACCUUUAAUAUACUUUUUCAGCUGUGGCUAGGAGACCCCCUCCCCCCCAUCCUUUUCUUCUGUUCCCAGGGGAAGAAGUUUGGGUGCCCUAAUUCCAAUUAGAGAAAUCUCAAAACUUACAAGUUAUAAUCGUGACUCCAUGUCCCCAGAAAUGUUGCAAUGCUGCGGCCCAAGUAAUGUUUCAAAAAGUGUUUCCUGAAUCUGAUAAAUCCUUGGACAGGCCUAAAACCCCAACUCAAUUAAAAAAUGCAAACCCAAGGCUGAAUUGUUGCAAUCUGGUAAAUCCUUAGACAGGAAGGAAGAUAGAAGGAGGAGGAUACAGAGGAUGUGAAAGUAGAGAUGGCAUUACAUUGAAUCCCUAUAAAAUCUGAGUACACCUAGACAUCGACACCCACUGUUUCUGGGACCUCAGACUGUGGAGCCUGCUUCUCUCUGUCUCUGUCUCUCCCUCUCUCUGUCUAUCUCUCUCUCCCUCUCUCUCUCUCUGACUCUCUCUCUCCCUCUCUGUCUCUCUUUCUCACCCACCCCAACACCUUUUGGUCAGGUAUUCCCUCACUGUACACCUCCAUGCCUUGUGAGUGUGCUACUUGUGCCCAGGUAGCCUUCCCUCCUCUUCUGAGGAUGCUGUCUAAGACUCAGACAAUGUCCUUUGCUCUAUACCAGUGGUUCUCAACCCUUCUAAUGCCAUGACCCCGCACUACAGUUCCUCAUGUUGCAGUGACCCCAAACCAAAAAAUUAUUUUGGUGGCUACUUCAAAACUGUGAUUUUGCUACCAUUAUGAUUUGGAAUGUAACUAGCUGAUAUGCAUUCUGUAUUCUCAUUGCUACAAAUGGAGAGGUGGAGAACCGCUGCGCUAUGCCCUUCCCACACCUCUGAAUAAAGCCACGUGAACUCUACCAGCA